UCCCACCGCAUCGCCAAACUCCACCAGGACUACCAUGUGGGGAUGGGCUUGCUCUACGGACCUAGCAAGUUGGAAAUUGACCCGAUUCUCUUUAUAAACAAGGAGGCUCGUGAGUUGACUAGCUUCUACCACUUGGGGAGCAACCUCGUAGCCGCGGAGGAUGGGAAGAUCCACAACGGCCUCCUCGCCACGCUUAUCGAUGAGAGCUUGUGCGUGGCCGGGUUCCCGUACCUUCCCGCGGGCAAGGGUGUCACCGCAAAGUUGUCUAUCAACUUCCACAAGCAGAUUAAGGGUGAUACCACGGUGGUGCUAAACGCAAAAGUUGCGGAGUUGAAGGGGCGCAAGUGCGUCAUCCGUGGAACUAUUCAAGAGGCAGGCAAGUCAGUGAUUUUGGCUGAUGCCGAGUGUAUCUUGGUCCAGCCAAAAUGGUUCAAGUAUAUCAGCAAGUUACAGAUUUUU